AUGGAGGCGACAAGUAUCUACCCGAAUUCAGCGCCUGUGCUCGCUAAUAAUGGACUUGGGAUUACUUUAGCAGGCAAUGACCCCGACCAUGUACCUCUUGAUCCUAAUCUCGUUAAUGAUCCACGUAGACGAUUCGCCUUGGACAGCAGUGCAGUCGAUGUGAAUGGUGUCAUGCGUCUACAUGUGCGCAAUGCUCUAGGCUACGCGUUCCUACGACCUAAUCACGUUAACAAACUGCGAAGCUCAUAUGUGGAAAGUCGUAUUGUAAAGGAAAUGAACUGGAAAACGCAAGCUUCGUUCUUCCGACAUAAUUACCGUCACUUUGUGCCACAUGACCUGAUGAUGAAGCUGUUGAAGGAAUGCCCCUUACAGGAGGAUGGUCAGAACAUAUCGAAGUGGCAGGGCAACGCAAUCGCAGGAGUGGAUUGUGGGCAGGACGGCCACGUGGUCUUUUAUCCUACAGGGCAUGUACUGCAGCAAGCCUGCGCAUGGUAUAGCAAUGGAGAAGCAGAGGAAGAUAUACCAUGCUCGAGCACUGUGAUCGAGACAGGUGCUGUGAUCCGGCAAAUUUCAGUAAUAGGAAGCAAGGACGUGUAUCAUUUGACAAGUUCUGCAAAGAUAUUUGCAGCUUUUCGUGGCUGUACGAACUGCACAAUUAUCGCAACUCCUGCGCGUGUCACGCGUGACAAUAUGCGGAAGAUGCAGGCCAAGGCAAAAAUCUCGUUGUCUGAAACGAUAAACCACGUAGCUGGUAGCCCACAUGCAGAAGCUGAAGUGGCCUUGGUCACAGCUGAUGGUAUUAUUCGGUGGUGGGACCCCGAAGGUGGACUUCGAACUGCCAACAAGAAUGUUAAUAUGCCAGAUCGCUUGCUGCGCUGCGAAUACUCCAGCCAUCCCCGCGUUCUUUGGGCAGUAAAUCGAGUUGCAGUUUCAGCUUUAGAUCUUCGGCAACCAGCGCAACACGCGGGCAAAUUGUUUGAUGUGGCCGGCUCAGGUACUUACAUUACUAUUUACGACGUGAAGCGCAAAGCAAGCAAUCCAUUCCAGUUUGUUGUCGGCACUGGUGUCUCUAUCGAGCUUGUGGAUAGUCGCAUGGCUAGGCAGCCCCUUGUGUCGUGGGUCCAACCACUGAGCUAUUCGGGCGAGUCGGAGUUUUCGUUUGGUGCAAUUGAUGAAGUAGACAUGUCACGAAACGCCACUGAUUCACGUGGUUACAUCGUUUCAAGCUCAAAGCGACCAAAAGUAACAACACUCUUCCCUUUCGAGCGAAAUCGAAAACGAAAGCGGCGUGGGAGGGUGUUAUCGCUGACAUCACUGCGCUCCAAUGGAGAUGACGAGUACUCAGAGAUUCCGCGUUCAAGUAUAGAGCAGCUUGUUGCUUCCGACGCAACGUUGGAUUUACACAUGGAAGAUGGCGGGGAAUAUACCAAUCUGACGGGCAUUUGCGCGUUGCGCGACGAAAAUUCGGCAUCUGCGAGCAUUUAUCAGCUGAACAGUUUGGGCGACUUGUUUUCUCACCGAGUUUCGUUUGGCCGUUCUCCAACAAGGGCAUACGAGGCCGCUGUUCAGGCAGAUUUGCCGUGUGGAGUAACAGCCCAGGCUGAUACUAUGGAUGAAUCAGUCACAAGCACUCUUCCAAUACCGGUGGAUGCUAUUUUGCCUGAGCAUGAUACUGAGUCGAUGCAAAGGUUCAUCACACUUCCUAUCAAAGUGCUCCGACGACAGUUCCCACGACUACCAGAAGAUCGAGAGUUGUCCAACGAAGUCAAAGGAAAUGAAGCAGCGGCCUCCAACAGUCGGAGAAACAACGAGAGUAUAACAGAACGCAGCAAAGCAAAAGCCGUGGACAUGCACAGAAAGUGGCGACGAAAUCAAGACAAUAAUGGCAACGCUAAAACUGGCGGAGCCGAAGAACGAUUCGCCAUGACAACGCCUUCCGCAUGUUUGGACGAGAACAAAGACGACACGAUGAUCGCUGGUACAAAACGCUCGCGAAUUUUUGACAAGGAUGAACUAGUCAACCGACUCGUCGACGUCAGUGACCCAUCAACCUCACUGUUUCGGCUGCAUCGUUAUACUCUUGAUGAGCUGAAGAUCGAGCUUUCUUCGUCGGAACUCUUGCAGCUUCUGCGUUCAAGCAGCAAGUUUCGGACACGAACAGUGCAUCACACGUUUCCAGCAGACACGUUUCAUGUGCGCAAUCCGUCAUUACCAGGGGCUGAUGCCGUGCACCACAAGAAGGAUGAUCCUCGUUUAGCUACGUGCACGUGCGAAUUAAAGUUGAUAUGCUCCCAACUUCCGUGCAAGUCGUGGGCCUGCAUUAUCCCACAUGCGGUCAUCGUUUCAAGCACAUUAACGGAUCUCCACUUGGACACUACAGCUCCUUCAUCGGCCCCUAGACAAGAAAUGCCGAUCGAUUUAGCAGACAUCAUUGUUGCAGCACAAGCUGUAUACGACGAUAUGUCCGAAUCUCUAUAA